UGAAAAAUGCGUAGCCAAGGUUUAAUGAUGGAGAAGGUAUUUCGGCUUUUUGCAGUUUGAAAUAAUUGCUUCAACAAGCACAGGAAUAUUUAAUGAGAAAGUCGACAAACUUUUGAAAGUAGAAUCCACCCCUCACAUGCGUUAACGUUAGGAAACUGUUGCAAGCAUACGGCGCCUUGACAAUCAUACCUAUUUGUCAUAAUAAAUAGUACUUAUACCCGAUUCUAUCGUUUAUGCACAUCAAAUUGGCUCCUAUUGUAUGGCUGCCAGUCAAAACCAAUAUCAUUUUUUAUCGUUUCAACCAUACAUCUGCACUUAGAAAAGGCAGGUUUAAUUAGUGCUCCAAAACCAUCUAUUUCUGAACCUACAGCAUCGAGAACUUAUAACGAUGCCUAUCCAUUCAACAACACAAUGAAAGCCCCUCUGUCCUUGGGAAAUAGCAGGAAUCACCCUAACGAGAAGGGUAAGAUGGCCUUUCAAAAGACAGCAACAGCAACAAGGAGAGCAUCCUGGAAACGCAGACCCUCUGCAGCUACUACUUCCUUGAGUGACUUUGACAGACAACAAUUCACAAGCUAUUUUAGCAUGGAAAAAGACAAUCGUUUACACUUGAACGGGAAAAUCAUGGAUAAAAGCAAGCAUUCCAUAGCGAUCAAAGAGGAAGAAGAGGAAGGAACAGACGAUGCUCGUCUGUCGGCAUCCACGGCAGACGCCUAUCCUCAGCAGCAUGAUAUUGCAAAGUAUUAUAGAAGAUCUGUUCAGCUUACCGAGCAGUUAAAAUCCUCGGAAAGGAAUCUACUCGCUUCCAUCGCACGUGACAAUGAAGAUCGUAUUGUUCAACUGCAAAACAAAGUCGAUGAUAUGAGUGUAGAGGUAGCAAAACAGAAGAAGGAGAUCCAGGAAUACAAAGGAAAAGAAAAGAAUGGUCUAGAACAAAUCAGUGCUUUGGAAACACAUAUCCUAAGCAUUCAGAGAUCAGAAACGGACCAAAGGCAAGUGUAAUUAUCGAUAAAGAACCUAUUUGAUGAAAAGUGCCGUGCAAUAGGGAUGUUUUAUUAGCGUAUUUUGAUUUUGAGCAAACGAAUGGAAAAACAAUGCGUUGAGCUUGU